AUGAGCUACUACUUCGCCAUUGUCGGGUCGCAGGACAAUCCGCUGUUCGAGCAUGAGUUUGGCACAUCGAAGCAGGGCGGCGACGGCCAGUCUCGCUUCACCGACCAAGUGAGGCACCUGAACCAGUUCAUCCUGCACUCGAGCCUCGAUAUCGUCGAGGAGGUCCAAUGGUCACAUGGCCAAAUGUAUCUCAAGUGCAUCGAUAAAUUCUUCGACAACUACAUCUCAUGCUUCGUCACGGCCGGCAACGUCAAGUUCCUCCUCCUCCACCACCCCAUCACCCCCAGCGGCACCAACUCGCGAUCAUCGACAGCGAUUGGCGCGAACCCCACGAGCCCCGCCACCGAGGAGGCAGUCAAGAUGUUCUUCACGGAGGUGUACGAGAACUGGAUUAAGGCCAUCAUGAGCCCGUUCUACCAGGCUAACAUGGAGGUCACGAGCCCCAUAUUCAGGACGAGGGUGGCGGCGGCUGGGCGGAAAUAUCUCUAA